AUGUUUGACCGCUUGACCACACGUUUGGCCAAUACCCAAACGGAGUCUGCGUCUGCUCAAAUCGAGCAACUGUCCCGUCUUCCCUACGUCAAGAGCGUCACCACGCCGGACGACGUCCUGCUCAUUGCGCCUAUCUUGAAGGGAGGAACUUCGGGAUUGCUGACCCCCCAGGUCAACACGAUCGGCGCCCCGGCCAUUUGGAGGCACUUCAAGGGCAAUGGCGUGGUGGUGGGCUCCGUCGAUACGGGGGAAAAGUACCGCCACGAAGCGCUCAAGCACAACUGGCGCUUCAACAAGGGCUGGUUCAACCCGACCAUGGUGGGCGGCAACGGUAUUGGGGUCGCCCCCGAAGCCCAGUGGAUUACGUGCUUGGGACUGUACGGCAACUCGGGGUCGUCGGAGGUGCUGGUGGCGUUCGGGCGGUUCAUGCUGUGCCCCACCCGCCUCGACGGCACACCCCCCGAAUGCAAGCUUGGCGCCGACGUGAUCAACAACUCGUGGGGAUCUACCGCGGGUAUCACCCCCGUCUUCUCCAACGGCGACUCUGGCCCUGCGUGUGCCAACACAGGCAGGCCCAGCAUGUACUCCCGGGUGUGGGGGCCAUCGGAACCUGGGACAACGAUCCGACGCAGUUGGCGUACUUCAGCUUCAAGGGCUCUGUCAAGUACGUCGACGACAACAACAAGACGGUGUCGUUGGCCAAGCCCGACAUCUCCGCCCCGGCUUCUAUAUAAGUCUGCCGAUGCGCUCAACUUGAGCUGGUACCUCGAGAUGGCUGGCACAUCCAUGGCGGCGCCGCACAUUGCCGGCGUCGUCGCCUUGCUCAAGAGCGCGGGAACCGCCGAUCGCGACGAGGUCCUCAAACCUGAACCUAAAAACUGGCCGUGCCCCGGGGCCUCCAACUACAACGUCACGUCGGAUGAACGUGGCCCAACAACGGUCACUACCCCCACCUCGUUAGCCCCUACAACGACCAAGCCUAUCCUGCUCCUAUGA